UCGCCAGGCAACGGCGCGCGCCCCGCGGUGCCGCCGCGGUGACGUCACUGCCUCGCGAGAGCUCGCCCCGCCAAGCCGCCCCGUGAGGCUCCGCCCCGCCUCUUUGCGCCAGUGCCGCACCAUGGGUAUCUCCAGGGACAACUGGCAUAAGCGUCGCAAGACUGGGGGCAAGAGGAAGCCUUACCACAAGAAGAGGAAGUAUGAGUUGGGGCGACCUCCUGCCAACACUAAGAUUGGCCCACGCCGAAUUCAUACAGUGAGAGUUCGUGGUGGAAAUAAGAAGUACCGUGCCCUUCGGUUGGAUGUUGGCAACUUCUCCUGGGGAUCGGAAUGCUGCACUCGCAAGACCAGAAUUAUCGAUGUCGUCUACAAUGCUUCAAACAAUGAACUGGUGCGGACAAAGACCCUGGUGAAGAAUUGCAUCGUUCUCAUUGACAGCACCCCGUACCGGCAGUGGUACGAAGCCCACUAUGCCUUGCCCCUUGGACGCAAGAAGGGCGCCAAACUGACUCCUGAAGAGGAGGAAAUCUUGAACAAGAAACGUUCAAAGAAGAUCCAGAAAAAAUACGAUGAGCGAAAGAAGAAUGCCAAGAUAGCAAGUAUUCUUGAGGAGCAGUUCCAGCAAGGAAAGCUGCUUGUCACCCCACUUCUGGCAGGAAGAGGAAAUCUGUUGCUGGAGCUUGAACUGGUUCAUGUCCCAGCCAGGCUACUGGAGUUGAUCAUUCCUGGUUGGCCUUUGGGAAAAAUAGUGGGCCUCAAAAAUUGCAAAAUGAGCAAAGACCCGUGGUCUGCACUGUGUGUCAGAAAAAUGUCCCACAAACUUGUAACAGCUUUGACCGGUUUCAAGUUCUGAGGAAUAGUUCAGUGUUCUGAAGUCUUCUGGUGAUGAGACCUUUGUCCAGUUCUGCUACUGAACUUGAGCGAUGACAGUUUGGAGAUCUGAAGAGGACUUCAUAGGGACUCAGUCCAGCAGAGCAGGUUCAAGAGCACGGUACCUUAGGGGGAGGUACUGAAGCCAGCACAUAAACUGGUGUAUCUGUUACUGAUAACUUGCUCAUCUCUGCUUUUGCAGAGAGACUGCCUGCAGCAUUCAUUUCAUUUUGUGUAUAUACUGGGGAGGUGAAUUAUUAAACUUCUUUAAUUGGAUGACUUCUCGUUGCAGCCUGUAUUGCCUCCAGACCUGGACAGUGUGGCCGAGCCGAUGGCUACGUGUUGGAAGGCAAGGAAUUAGAGUUCUACUUGAGGAAGAUCAAG